AACAAACGGUCUCACUAAACUCAUACGAUCAAAAGUGAAUCAUAUUGCACAUAGCAAAAUCGGCGGAUAAGCAAAUUUAAACACGAAUGAAAUUUAAUCGGCUUUGCCGCUACAGCAUAAAUCAUAAAAUAUAGUAGUGCAUUGGGUUUAUUGAAAGAAAACCCAAAAACCAAAGCGUCCAAAGAAACCCUGCGUGUGAGUGGUUGUGUGCGUGCCCCUGCGCAUGUGUGGUGUGUUUGUGUGAAAGGAGGAGAGGUGGAAACACAAAAAAAACGAAGAAAAAGAGCAGAAAAAAAGUGUACAGCCGACGACGCGCAGACGCAUCUCGAAUAUCGUCGAAAAUCGCGAGUGAAAAGUGCGGAAAUCGCCGGGAAAAGCGGAAAAGCCCUGUUGCCAGGCCUUUGGGAUUAAAGCGCGAUAAAGACAUAAAGCGAAUAUGGGUUGUGCCGUGAGUACAGCACGCGAUAAAGAGGCCAGCGAACGGUCCAAAGACAUCGAUCGCGCGUUGAGGUUGGAGGGCGAAAGAGCCGCCUCGGAGGUGAAACUGCUGCUAUUGGGAGCCGGAGAGUCUGGCAAGUCGACGAUAGUGAAACAGAUGAAGAUCAUCCAUGACACGGGCUACUCACAAGAGGAAUGCGAAGAGUAUCGCCGCGUGGUCUUUAGCAACACGGUGCAGAGUCUGAUGGUGAUCAUCAGGGCCAUGGGACGCCUUAAAAUAGAGUUUGCCGAUCCUGGCAGAACAGACAUUGCUCGUCAGUUCUUCACACAUGCCUCCGCCGCGGAUGAGGGAAUCCUUCUACCGGAGAUUGUGCUUUUGAUGAAGAAACUUUGGGCCGAUGGUGGUGUACAGCAGAGCUAUGCCCGAUCCCGCGAAUAUCAACUGAAUGAUUCGGCGGGAUACUAUCUCAACUCGCUGGAUCGCAUCGCGCAGCCGAACUAUAUUCCCACCCAGCAGGAUGUGCUCCGUACGCGAGUAAAGACCACUGGCAUCAUCGAGACGCACUUCUCCUGCAAACAGCUGCACUUUAAGCUUUUUGACGUGGGCGGCCAGCGAUCGGAGCGCAAGAAGUGGAUCCAUUGCUUUGAGGGCGUUACAGCCAUUAUCUUCUGCGUUGCAUUAUCAGGUUACGAUUUAGUCCUAGCCGAGGACGAAGAGAUGAAUCGCAUGAUCGAAUCCCUGAAGCUGUUUGACUCCAUCUGCAACUCCAAGUGGUUUGUGGAAACCUCCAUCAUACUUUUCCUCAACAAAAAGGACCUGUUCGAGGAGAAGAUCAAGCGAUCUCCCCUGACGAUAUGCUUCCCAGAAUACACAGGAACCAAUACCUUUGAGGAGGCGGCCAACUACAUACGCAUGAAGUUUGAAAAUCUCAACAAGCGAAAAGACCAAAAGGAGAUCUACACGCAUCUCACCUGCGCCACGGAUACGAACAACGUGAAGUUCGUUUUUGAUGCUGUCACCGAUGUGAUCAUCAAGAACAAUCUGAAACAAAUUGGGUUAUUCUAGGGAAGGGGCGGAGGAUCACAAGAUCAUCAUUAUUUAGCUUGCGUCGUAGUAUUAAAGGAAAACGCGCAUCAACAUUUCCAUUAAAAGCUAAGAAUUCGAUACAUUUACGCUACGCAUAUACGUAAUCGUAUGCUCCCCAUAUAUGUUUUAAAUGCGUUACAUGCUUUUGACACACACACACACACACACAAGUAAUUUUAAUAACCGAUUUGGUUGCCAGUAGUCGCGGAACAAAUAACCAAUUGCAAUUUAGUUAACCGUGUCCAUUAAAUUGCACCUGUAAGUUAACUAAUUUAAAAAUUAGCCUAACAAAAUGUAAAGUUCGCCAAAGGACAGCCGGUGGGUUUUGUAUAUCCUAUCCCCCCUCAACCCGAUCGGCUUUCUUUCGGAUUUAGUUAAGUUUCGCGGGCUAAAUGGCGAUACCCAAAAGGGAACAUCUCGAGUUGGUAUCGUUCAGAGAGUGCCCUUUUGGGUCACGACAUUUGCCGUACGUUUAUUUUUUGCCAAGAGCUUGACAGCGUUAUUUAAGGUGAAACUAGGCCUGAAGUUGUAAGCCCUAAAAUGUAACUAGUUAACAUACUAAUAUGUUUAGUAAUAGCCUAAAUAAAAGACAAUUUAUAAAAA